AUGAACAGUAAAAUAAAUACAGUAUUAUUUGAUCCUGGAGGAUCUGACGUAUCUUGUGGAUGUUCCGGAGUAGAUGAAUUAAAAACCAAAGCUUAUAGAAACGACGUAAAAACUGGUGAUAAUUACAAUGAAAAGUCAAAAUUAAGCGAGUCAAAAUAUUCACCAAAAGUACUUGAAGGUAAUUGGUUUGAAGAACGUCUGACAUCUUCUGCACAUAAUAUUAAAGAAAAUAAUAAUGGUUCCCAUUGGAGUACUUCCAAGAAAAAUGAUUUUAAACCUCUCGUUAGAAAAAUGACAUGGCAUGCAUCGGAAAGUGCUAAAAAGAAUAAAGAAAAAAAUAAAGGGGCAAAUAAUCUUCUAUGUGACCAAAAAGAUAAUUUAUAUUUGAAUAAUUUCACUACUUCGUAUGAUCUUACUUACCGCAUUAUUCCUCAAGGAUUAGAUGGGCCAAGAUUACGUUCCUACAAUGGAAGAAUUAAUAAAUGGUUACCAGAACAAGAUCUUACUAAAAGUGUUGGUAAUUUAACUGGUUACGGUAUGACUGAAUAUUUAAGGGCAGUAGAAGAAGAAUUAAAUUAUGAAAAAGAUGAAAAACCACGAACUAAUUAUCAACGUGACUAUACUAAGAAAAAAUUACCCGUUGACUUAAAACGAUUUCACAGAAAAAGAAUUAAUCUAAAUGCUCCAGAUCUAAGUACUUUUAAUUUCGACUUAAAUAAAUACUGGAAAAGUCCAUUUAAUAAUGAAUUCAAUGGAAAAGACUUAUGUCAAAGAGUUGCUUGCGGGCAGUAUUAA